UGCAUGGCUCAAAACUUCCCUCUGAUUCUCUCUGCCUUUCCUUCUCCUUCACAAUAAGCUUUAACAAGAUCUCACUCUUUCCCCCUGUUUUACAAUGAUGGAUCCAAGUGAAAAAGGAUCAGAUUCUGAAGAUCAAAAAGAGAUUUCACUCAGCAAUGAAACCAAUAAAACUUGUGCUGAUUGUGGUACCUCUAAAACCCCACUCUGGAGAGGUGGUCCAGCUGGCCCCAAGUCUCUUUGUAACGCAUGUGGGAUCAGGAGCAGGAAAAAGAGAAGAGCAAUGCUGGGAUUAAACAGAGGAGAAGAAAUGAAGAAAUCAAAGAAAUCAAACCACAACAACAGCAGCAGUAUCAGUAACAGUAGAAAUUUAAGAGAUAAUUUGAGGCAGAGGUUAUUAUCUUUGGGAAGACAAGUUUUGAUGCAAAGAUCAACGAUUGAGAAUCAAAGAACUAAGCUUGGAGAAGAAGAACAAGCCGCUGUGCUCCUAAUGGCACUCUCCUAUGGCUCUGUUUAUGCAUAAAUUUCUUCCUUUUUUUUCAUAUUUAGAGCAAGAAUGACAGGGUCUUUAAUGGGCAUCUAACCUUUUCAUGUGUAAUCUUUAGUGUUUUAAUCUGUAGUUGUUUAGGGUUAACUAACGUUAGAGGAGAAGAAUUUGAGGAAAUAAAGUUUUAGAUGAA